AUGUUGACUAUCUUGGUUGUGGUCGCUUUUCUGGGUUCUUGCUUUCUGGCACCAUACACAAGUUCUCUCAAUCUGCCCUGCGAUUCUGAUGACUUAAGAGCACUGGAAGGUUUUUUAGAAGGCUUGGAAUAUCAGAUUGAUGGUUGGAGCAAGAACUCUUCUGAUUGUUGUUCUUGGGAAGGUGUAAGUUGUGAGUCUCCAACACCGGUUAGGGAUGAUGCAAGCUUUUCAUUAAGGGUAGUGAGCAUAGUGCUUGGAAAUAAACGAUUGCAAGGUACUCUUUCCAAGUCCUUGGCUGGUUUGAUUCAGUUGAGAACUCUCAAUCUUUCUCAUAAUUACUUUAGGAGUUCUCUUCCAAUAGAGCUGUUUCAACUGGAGAAUUUGGAGGUCCUUGACUUGAGCUCUAAUGGUUUAUCAGGAGUGUUGCCCAUGGAGAUCAACCUACCUUCUCUCAGGUACCUCGAUAUGUCUCGAAAUUUGUUAAACGGUUUGAUCAACGGGGGUAUCUGUGAAACUGCAAAAGGAUUACAAGUUUUGGAUCUCUCCAUGAAUUAUUUCACUGGAGAAAUUCCAGCACCUUCUGGGAAUUGCAGACUCCUGGAAAAUCUCUCCCUCAGUUCCAAUCUUCUUGCAGGGAACUUGCCUGAAGAUCUCUUUCGUUUCCCAAGGUUGAGCCACUUAAAUCUUCAGAAUAAUAACAUUUCUGGGCCUCUUGGUCUUGAUUUUGGUAAUCUCUCAACUCUUAUAAAAGUGGAUAUCUCUCGCAAUGGAUUUUCAGGAAUUCUCCCAGAUGUUUUCCAAAAUCUUAGAAAACUUGAACAAUUUUACGCCGGUUCAAACAGAUUUACUGGUCAGUUGCCAGCCUCGUUAUCCAACUCACCCACCAUCUCCGGGCUCAACCUUAGCAAUAAUUCUCUCAACGGCCAGAUUGUUCUCAAUUGCUCUGCUAUGGUUGGUUUGAUCAACCUUGGUCUUAGUUCUAAUAGAUUCAACGGUCCCAUUCCUGAUAACCUCGCUAACUGUCCACGAUUAAGAAGCUUAGAUCUUGCCCAGAACAAACUUUGCGGCCAAUUACCCGAUAGCUUCAAGAACCUCAAGUCUCUGUCUCACCUAACGCUCUAUAAAACAGGACUACACAAUUUAUCAGCAGCUCUAGAGAUCCUACAACACUGCAGGAACUUGACCAUUUUAGUUCUUACCUCAAACUUUCAUAAUGAAGCAAUCCCUGUUGAUUUCAACCUGCAAUUCAACAAGCUGAACACUCUUGUAAUAGCAAAUUGCCAGCUGAUUGGUUCGGUCCCAGCCUGGUUGAGUGGUUGCACCAAGCUACAGCUCUUGGAUCUAUCGUGGAAUCGUUUAAGUGGAAAAAUUCCAGAUUUGUUUGGCAAGUUAAAAUUUCUUUUCUACUUGGAUUUGUCAAACAACUCACUGUCUGGGGAGAUCCCAACAGGCUUGACUAAGCUACAAAGCCUUAUUUUUAGGAACUUGUCAUCAGAUUCAUCUCAAGAUUUACUAUUCUGCUUCAAGAUAAACCAAACUGGACUUGGAUUGCGGUACAAUCAGAUUUGGAGCUUUCCACCAUCUUUAUACCUGAGCUCCAAUUUGCUCACUGGUCCGAUCUUGCCAGAGUUGGGAAAUUUGAAGUUACUUCAUGUGUUGGAUCUUAAGAAUAACAGUCUAUCAGGAUAUAUUCCGAGUACUUUGUCUGAGAUGACGAACUUGGAGACAUUGGAUUUGUCCCACAACAAUCUCUCCGGAACCAUACCGCCUUCAUUGACAUUUCUCAGCUUUCUUUCGAAAUUCAGUGUUGCUUUUAAUCAAUUAUCCGGAGUAAUCCCUUCUGGAGGUCAGUUUCUCACAUUUCCUGAUUCAAGCUUUGAAGGGAACAAGGGUCUUUGUGGACCUCCGUCAUUACCAUGUUCAUCUGCUUCCCGAGAAGAUCCUACAAUAACUCUUGGAAAAUCACCAGAAGGAGCUUGGGAGUCAAUUAUGGGAUUGCCCUUUGGAUUUGGAGCUAUUGUAGGCUUUAUUACCGUCGUCGCAAUCAGCUUCAUGUGUGGUUGGUUACUUCCUCAGGCAGAGAGAAGAACUCGCAAAACUGGAGGUAACUAGCUGUUGCUGUUAAUUAGAUGAAGG